CUGCUCCUGGCCGGGGGAAUCAAAAACCUGUCAAGCGGGUUUGGCCAAAAUUAUGUCUUGUUCUCAAGCAAGUUCACAGCGCUGGCUUCUAUCUCUCGGGCAGGACAUUCCAGAUCGGAGCGGAGGUCCACGGAGGUCGAUGCGGACGGGGGGCCCUGCUGGAAAUGGAGGGGCAGUAGAGCCCAAGGGGCCACCCCUACACCUGGAGCACAGAGGGGCCUGGGCCAGGGCCAGGGCCACGGGAAGCCAUGGAGAGCUUCAUGGAGUCGCUAAACCGGCUGAAGGACGUCCAUGAGAAUGAGAUCACGGGCCUGCAGAACAAGCUUCUGGAACUGAACUCAGAGAGAUGCCGGGACGCCCAGAGGGCGGAGGAGCUCUGUGCCAAGAACCGUCAGCUCAGGGAGCAGCAGAGGGCGCUGAAGGAGAACCUGCGGGCGCUGGAGAACAGGCUGCGGGCCGGCCUGUGCGACCGCUGCAUGGUCACCCAGGAGCUGGCCAGGAAGAAGCAGCAGGAGUUCGAGAGCUCCCUGCUCCAGAGCCUGCAGCAUGUCUUCCUACUCACGACCGAGCUGACCCGGCUGCAGGAGGAAAACGAUGCCUUGAAGGAGGAGGUGAAGCAGCUGCGGGGCCCAGGGGCCAAGCCCCAGUUCAGGGAGGGUGCCCCAGGACCCCUGUCACCCCUGCUGUUCCCCUCCCUGGGCACCCGGAAGGCCGUCACUGAGAAGCCACUGGAAGGCCAUGAGGAGGUGGAGGACGGCCACGCAGAAAGGCCGGUGGGGUACGGGACGUCUCCAGUAGCCAAAAUCUCCCCGGGUGCCAACCUGCCUGAGCCCCGGGCCCCGGACAUGAGCCCCCAGCACAUCUCCAACCAGCUACACGGGACCAUCGCCGUGGUGCGGCCAGGGUCCCGGGCCUGCUCCGCCAACCGGGGCUCCGUCAACGGGACGUCCCCACUGCCGCCCCCCAGGAGCAGCCCCCCAAGCCCGUCUGGAGAGCACAGCCUCCCUCUGGACAGGCUCCUCCUCGCCCACAGCUUCCUGCAGGCCUCUCUGCCCUCUGCCAAGCCCUGCGAGUCCCCGAAGAGCUCCCUCCAGGCUGACCACCUCUGCCACCUGAACCGCCACCUGGCUCUGCCCCGUGGGAGCCCUCACAGCGGCCCCCAGCCCCCGGGCCUCAAGGCCGGGGAGGCGGAGGCCUGGGAGGAGCCCGUGGGUCUGCUGGGCCUGCCAGGCACCCUGGCGGGCGUGCGGGACCCACGGCUGGAGGGAGCGCUGCACCUGCUCCUGGCCCAGCAGCUGUGGGCGCGGGGGCGGGCGGGCGGUGCCGGGCUGAGGGGCCCACCAGUGCCGGGGAAGGCACCACCCUCCCCGCCAGCCGGCCCCCACUCCGAGGGUCCCGGGGGCGGGGCGGCCUGGGCAGCCCUGCCCAGAGGGCAGCACCCACGGCCCGCAGGCCCAGGCAGUCCCGGGGCAAAGGAGGCCUCGGCCACACAGGACUGUGUCCCAGACAAGCCCCUGGACCUCUCGGAGUGGGGCCGGGGCCGGGACGGCGCCCCCAAGCCUGCCAGCCCGCCAGGAUCACUCAGCCCCCCAGGUGCCCACACGCCCAGCCCCAAGCCACCCCAGGGAGGGGAGCCCUCUGUACAGUCUGGGGUCCAGGGGCUCGGCGACUGCACCAAGGGGGCCGAAGAGGCAGAGGCGGAAGAGCCUCCACCUUCCACGGAACCCUCACAUUCUCUCCCAGGCCCCAGCCUGCCCUCUCCAAGUGGGCCAGGACAUGAGGACAGAGGGAGGCCAAAACUGCCCCCCUGCCCGCAAAGGCCUGAUGGAGACGGCCACCCGGGUGAGGAGCUCAGCAAAGCCCAAGGACAGCAGCUGGAGUCGGAUGAGCUAGACAAGCCAGACACCUCGGACAGCGAGGUGGGCCUGAGCACCGAGGCGGGGGCCACGCAGAGCUUGCCAGCCGAGGGACCCAGGGGUUUCUGCGCCACGGAGCAUGGGCGGGGCCCACAGAAGAGGAAGCGGGCCUCAGACCAGUGGAGCAAAGGCCUGCGUCGCAGGCUGGGCUGUGGCCGCCACAAUGCGCCAUUGUUGCCGGGAAGGUGACCGCAGCCUGUGUUUGCCAGCCUCGAAGAAGCCGUCCUGAGGAAUAAGGAACCUAGGGGAGCCAGGAGCCCGAGGGACCCCAAGGACGGCAGCCCCUCACCCAGCACCAGCAGCUGGGAAGAGAGCCAGGGGCACCCCAGCCUGCCCAGCCGUGCUCCCCACCCGACUGCCUGCGGCCAGGACAGCCCACGCCGCCAGCCAGCAGACGGCCCCAGCAGCAGCGUAGUGGACUGGGUCCUGGCCCACAUCCAAAGGGGUUGGGAAGGCCAAGAAGGCUGGUCUUCUGAACCCCUCCAUCUCAGAAAUGGUCUUGCACGCCACCCUCAGCCCAGCAUCUGCUUCCUUGCAGGGAGUAGGGGCCUGGGAGGCCAGGGCGGCUCAAGCUCCAGCCCCGCCCCGCCCCCACCCCUGCUGUGCACAGGCAGCCCUUCCUGGACAGUGCCCCCUCCUCCCACCAACUCCACUAGCAUCCUGGACCCAAGGGGCUGCGAGCCUGGCGCCCAUUCCUGACGGGGCAUGGAGCUCUGAGCAGUGGUCUCGGGCGCCCCCUCGUGGAGUCCCACAAACGGGUGCUGGGCAGUGAGGGCGCAGGAAGGCUGACGGCAGCACCUGGAAGCGGGGGUGGGGGGUGGGGGGGGGCGCCGGUCCCAGGGCACCCGAAGAAUAAAGUGUAAUGAAGGA